AUGUGCAUUGCACAUAGCAUUUUCAUCAUCGUCUCGUAACAAAAGCUUCUCUUGUUUCUUGAUCAUUAUCUUCUUCUUGUUCUUGCUACUUUCCAGUUCAGUGUUCUCUUGAUCUUCAUCAAUGGCGGAACGUGUGAUCACUCGCGUCCACAGCCAACGUGAGCGUUUGGACGAGACGCUCGCCGCUCAGAGGAACGAAGUCCUCGCCUUGCUCUCGAGGGUUGAAGCCAAAGGGAAGGGAAUUCUGCAGCACCACCAGAUCAUUGCUGAGUUCGAGUCUCUACCUGAAGAAACCCAGAAGAAGCUCGAAGGUGGUGCCUUCUUUGAAGUUCUUCGAUCCACUCAGGAAGCAAUCGUGUUGCCACCAUGGGUUGCUCUCGCGAUCAGGCCAAGGCCUGGUGUGUGGGAAUACAUAAGAGUGAAUCUCCAUGCCCUUGUCGUGGAGGAGCUUCGUGUGGCUGAGUAUCUUCACUUCAAGGAAGAACUCGUAGAUGGAAGUGCCAAUGGCAACUUCGCUCUCGAGCUAGACUUCGAGCCAUUCAACGCUUCUUUCCCUCGUCCGACACUCUCCAAAUACAUUGGGGAUGGAGUUGAGUUCCUAAACAGACAUCUCUCUGCUAAACUCUUCCAUGACAAGGAGAGUUUGCAUCCAUUACUCGAGUUCCUCCGUGUCCAUGGCCGCAAGGGCAAGAAUCUGAUGCUGAACGACAGAAUCCAAACCCCUAGCACUCUGCAACACGUGCUGAGGAAAGCAGAGGAGUAUCUGACAUCUCUUGCACCAGAAACAGCGUACUCCGAGUUCGAACACAAGUUUCAAGAGAUUGGAUUGGAGAGAGGUUGGGGAGACACAGCAGAACGUGUUCUUGAGAUGAUCCGUCUUCUGUUGGAUCUUCUUGAAGCUCCUGAUCCUUGCACUCUCGAGAAUUUCCUCGGAAGAAUCCCUAUGGUUUUCAACGUUGUGAUCCUCACUCCACAUGGAUACUUUGCUCAGGACAACGUUCUGGGUUACCCCGACACUGGUGGUCAGGUUGUGUACAUAUUGGACCAAGUUCGUGCUCUGGAAACCGAGAUGCUUCAGAGAAUUAAACAGCAAGGACUGAACAUCACACCGAAAAUCCUCAUUAUUUCCCGGCUACUCCCGGACGCAGUCGGAACUACAUGUGGUCAGCGUAUCGAGAAGGUGUACGGAACUGAAUACUCCGACAUUCUUCGUGUGCCCUUUAGAACAGAGAAGGGGAUAGUCCGCAGAUGGAUCUCAAGAUUCGAAGUCUGGCCUUACCUCGAGACUUACACCGAGGAUGUCGCCCUCGAGAUCUCGAAAGAGUUGCAGGGAAAGCCUGACCUGAUCAUCGGCAACUACAGUGACGGGAACCUAGUUGCUUCAUUGUUGGCACAUAAACUCGGUGGUGUCACUCAGUGUACCAUUGCUCAUGCCCUCGAGAAGACGAAGUACCCCGAUUCAGAUAUCUACUGGAAAAAGCUCGACGAAAAGUACCAUUUCUCGUGCCAGUUUACCGCUGAUCUCUACGCCAUGAACCACACUGAUUUCAUCAUCACCAGUACUUUCCAGGAAAUCGCCGGCAGCAAGGACACAAUUGGUCAGUACGAGAGUCACACCGCCUUUACGCUUCCGGGGCUAUACCGUGUUGUUCACGGGAUCAAUGUGUUCGAUCCGAAGUUCAACAUUGUCUCCCCUGGUGCGGAUAUGAGCAUUUAUUUUCCGUACACGGAGGAGACCCGUAGGUUGACAUCGUUCCACCCCGAGAUCGAAGAGCUUCUUUACAGCGAAGUGGAGAACGAGGAGCACUUGUGUGUCCUGAAGGACAAGAAGAAGCCGAUCCUCUUCACCAUGGCGAGGCUUGACCGUGUCAAGAACUUGUCUGGACUCGUCGAGUGGUACGGUAAGAACACCCGCCUUCGGGAAUUUGUCAACUUGGUUGUGGUUGGAGGAGACAGGAGGAAGGAAUCAAAGGACAUCGAGGAGAAAGCCGAGAUGAAGAAAAUGUACGAUCUCAUCGAGAAAUACAACUUGAAUGGCCAGUUCAGGUGGAUCUCCUCUCAGAUGAACCGUGUCAGGAACGGUGAGCUGUACCGCUACAUCUGUGACACAAGAGGAGCUUUCGUCCAACCCGCUCUGUACGAAGCUUUCGGGUUGACAGUCGUCGAGGCAAUGACUUGUGGACUCCCGACUUUCGCCACUUGCAAUGGCGGUCCUGCAGAGAUCAUUGUGAACGGAAAAUCGGGCUUCCAUAUCGACCCUUACCACGGCGACCAAGCCGCCGAGAUUCUUGCAGAUUUCUUUGCCAAAUGCAAGGAGGAUCCAUCGCACUGGGACGAGAUCUCACAUGGGGGGCUUCAGAGGAUCGAGGAGAAGUACACUUGGCAAAUCUACUCGCAGAGGCUUCUGACACUCACCGGGGUCUAUGGCUUCUGGAAACAUGUCUCGAACCUCGACCGCCUGGAGAGCCGACGCUACCUCGAGAUGUUCUACGCUCUGAAGUACCGCCCACUGGCGCAGGCUGUUCCUCUUGCACAGGAGGAUUGAGAAAGGGUAUCUGAGUCCGAGAAUGUGAUGAGGAUUGAAGAGGGGGCUUUCUCUUGUCGUGUUUCCUUUCCUUGAUUUCUGGGUGUUUUCUGUUUCUCCGGCAUUUCUCCAACUAUGGCUAUCUGAGAGCCUUUUCCUCUGUAAUAAAAACAAAAGGGCUUGAGAUUCCUGUCUUUCAACUACUCACCCCACUGUCUUCUUCCCAAGUUUACGCUGCUUUUGUUCUGCAUAAACAUGUGUUAGUGUGUUUA